GCAGCAGUUCUAUCGCCAGUGGGGAGAUCUACCACUCGCAACGAAAAGCAGGGGAACUCCGCGGGAAAUUCGCGAAUAAUUCUUUCAUAGCAGUGCCCGUAGAAGUAAACCAUCAUUAGCUCGGCCAGGCUAUCAUUGUUUCACGCCACGACACUAACGGAACUCAGCUUCGACUGGAGGAGCUAGGAGCUAGUGAUCACUGGCUCCUUCUGCCAUUUUUAUGCACAAAUAUUGAUGAUGGAUCUCUACUACCCAUGCCUUCUGCCCGAUAUGAUCGAGAGCGAUCUGCAAACCGAUCUGGGCUGUGGAGUGGAGCUUGGAUCGUCUAAUCUUCCUCCACUCGAAGGCAUGGGAGCUUUGGACACGCUCGACCCAGCGUGGCUCACCGAUUCACAAGGACCUCUUCACAAUGAUCUCGACAGUUUGGACGUGGGCCUGAUGGUCAACCCUCAAACUGGACUGCCGUCCCUGACGUUCUCGGCAUCACUGGCAGCAGCAGCGAGCAAUAGCGUUUCGGAAGCGCCCAACUCACUGAGCAACAGUAUUUCAAGUGAUGUCAUACACUCGACAAAGAAGAGUGUCGGGAGUUUUAACCUGCUUGCCGGUACAUCAACCACGCACAAUUCGUCCCAAUCCUCGCUGUCGAUUGGAAACUCGGCAUCGGCAGCCACUCCAAUCGUGGCAACCACGGCAUUAGGAGGUUUGAUCCACAAUCAGGGUACUAUAGCACCUCAACCGCUCACUGCAUCGAACGUGCAAGCUCUCCUCGGACAAUCUAAUUCUACGGGUCAACACUCGCAGCCGGCGGCCAAAAAAUCGAGACUGAAUGAUCAUCCCGACCACGAGUCUUCCUCUGCACCCGAGCCGGCAGCCACGAGCACCGACGGAGUCAAAUCAGCAUUUCCCAAACCGGCGUAUUCGUAUUCAUGUCUCAUCGCGAUGGCCCUGAAAAACUCCAAGACUGGAUCUCUGCCAGUCAACGAAAUCUAUAACUUCAUGAUCGAAAACUUCCCGUACUUCAAGACCGCUCCAAACGGGUGGAAGAACAGCGUCCGCCACAAUCUCUCUUUGAACAAAUGUUUCGAAAAGAUCGAAAAACCCACCACCGGUCCCAACGGGUCUCAGCGGAAAGGCUGUCUCUGGGCGAUGAAUCCCUCGAAAGUGGGCAAGAUGGAUGAAGAAGUGCAGAAAUGGUCGAAAAAAGACCCAGCCAAUAUCCGCCGAAGUAUGGCUCAGCCCGAUCGACUUGAACUGCUCGAGAAAGGCUUUUUGAAAGAUCUCUACACCGAACUCGACGGAGCCGAAGACGAGGAAGAGGAAGAAGUGGAAGAUACGGUCUCUUCGGUCGAAGAAGACAUCGAGGCGAUGUUGCCGGACACUCCGCCGACGUCUCAGGACGAAAACGCCGUCAAGGUCAAAGUGAUGGAUAGUGCUUUAGAUAAGGUGAGCUUUCAAAUCUACAAUUAGUCGGAAUCGGCAAGGCCACCCGAUCCGACUUCCGAACACGACAGAAACGACCCGAAAGCUCUUUUUUAUGCAUUAACUGCUCCGUGGACAAUGAACUGGCGCAAGCCGCCGACCAGCAACAACGUAUCGUAACAACAUCGUAUACACACAACGAAGUGUCAUUCACUUGGGGCCCGCGACCAUUGUGAGGGGGGCAUGAUGUGGGGAAAAAGUUGAAGAGGCCUUCCUGAGCUCAGAGGAAGGGAGGUGGUUGAUCUUUCGAACGAGCGAGAAGGAGACGAUGGGAAAGAUGAGGGUACUAGAAUGAGAGAAGAAAGCUGAGCUAGUUGAGCGGCGGCGGUUCUGAGAUUUGUCACUGUGUGCUCGAGUUACGUAGAUCUUUGAGGAGCAGGAUCGGAAACUGGACACCGGCUCAGGACCCUGUUGAUGAUGACGUCAGCUACAGCCGAACGGCUGCUUUGUUUUUUUCUGUUUUUGAUAUUUUGCUGCUUUUGUGAUCAGUUUCUUUAUAUGGAAGUUUUCUCAGUCAGCUUUCGUAUAUCGAGUUAAUGUGGUCUCAUAGUUAACGGAAAGGAAAAAGAUAAGGGAAAGUGAAAAGGAAGGAUCUCCGGGAUCCGCGACGAAAGGUUUCGAAACUCGCUUAUUGACGGGCAGAUCAAAAUUGUGGAAUCGAGACUUCGCCAAAGUCCUUCUUCUCUCCCGCUCGAUCGCGGGAGGGGGAGCUGAACUCUAAUAAGCGACUGCCAUAUCGAGCAAGGGCCGAACGUUCCGCCAACGGGUAACACCUGUGGUCUAUCGCGCGUUCUCACCGAGCGUUCGGUCCCGAGAACAGUGAACACAAGGCUUGGCGGUUUUGGUACGUUGUAUUUUGGGGGAACCUAGGUAUCAUACGAUGUCUCACCGUACGCGGAGCGUAAUGCGAACAGGUAUUCAGGAAGAGUUUUCGACUCAAGACCUGGAAGCGAUAAACUCUGAAGUUGUAUCUCAAACAUUUUUUCAUCUCUGACAAUCUCAUUCGGGGAGGCCCAGUGGGUAUUUUUAGGUUCUAAUAAGCGAGCCAGACUCGUCAAUCAGCGAAUUUCCAGUAGAGCCUGUACACGGCACAUGUACACAAGUGAAAAUAGGCGAGCGUAUUCAUGCGCUCUGAUACCAGAACGACGAAUGUCCGAGCAGC